UAGUACUUCCGGUUUAGAAUGCGAUAUUUUAUUGUUUUGUUUAUGAAAUUAUGAAAUAGAAAGUACUUUAAAAUUCAACAAAAAUCCCAAAGAUGUCAGAUGACGCAGCAAAUCUACCUCCACCACCAUCAUAUGAAGAUGCUAUAAAAGGCCAGCCUCCUCCUAGUACUCCCUAUCCUACACAAACGCCUUAUCCACAACAACAAUAUGCUCCACCUCAGCAGUAUGGUGGACCAACUCAACCUUAUCCACAGCAGACUUAUCCAGGGUAUCCUCCAGGACCUGGAAUGCAGGGAUAUCCACCAGGGCCUGGGAUGCAAGGAUCUAAUUAUUCUCCUUCAGGAUAUGCUUAUAACACAUAUCCAACAUGUACAACUGUAGCUCCAACUACUAUGGCCCCUAGUGCAUAUACUGGCACAAGUUUUGUUGUCACAUCAGAACAAAUGCAAGCACAAAGAAGAAAAAAGAUGAUCAUGAUGUUUUUUGUAGGAAUAGUUAUGAUCGUGGUUUUUAUUAUAGUUAUAACAUCCUUUUAAACAGAAAGUAUGUAUACAAGAUACUGCAUAUAACUGUAGACCAGUGAAGAUUAGUAAGUGUCAGAGGAAUUGCUAAUUUGAGGGUUACAUCCAGAAAUUAGAGGACAAAGAAGAAGAUGUUACCAGUGAUAUUAUUAUCUUGUGUAAAAUUUAAAUUAUUUUUAUGCCCCAGCCGUGGCGGAGGGGGCAUUAAGUGUUCCCCUUGUCCGUCUGUAUGUACGUCUCAAAAUUAGUUUCCGUUCUCUAACUUUAGUUUGCCUCAACCUAAUGUUAUGAAACUUAUACAAAAUGCUUAUUACCAUAAAACACAGAUCAAAUUGGAAUUUGGGUGGUAUCACUUUUACAGUUCUCUACUUAUGCCCCUUUAUGAUGUUAUAUGCAAUUGGGGGAAUCAUCUGUGUCCCAUUGACACAUUGUCCGUUUAUUUAUAAAUACCUUACAUAUGAAUUUUCAUUUAUUAAAACAUUAACUCCACAUUUUUAGUUUAUAUACUAUUUUAGCCAUCAAUAGUAUAUUGAUAUGGUUGUUUUGUUUAAAUAUAUACAUGGAAAAGAAUUUUCUCAAACUUUUUAUUUUUGUAAUGAAAGUGAGGAUUCGUAGAUGAAAGGAUCCAAAUUAAAUCUGGCAAUAGUAGACAACUAAAGGAAGAAAAUGUCUAUGGGGUAGAUAAUUUACUAUAAACCUCUUAUAUGUGUAUAUAGAAAUAUUCUGAAAAAUCUUCUUGGACAUAAAAGACUCUAAUAUACAUUGUAAUAACAGGACAAAAAUUUGAUUACUGGUAUUUUUCAAAAUGAUGAUUUGAUUAGUUAUAUUUUAAAAGAUUGGUCUGGUACAAUGAAUUAGUCAUUUUUUGCAAUAAUCAAUAAUUUAGCUGAUAAAUACAUCAGAAUUUUUUAUUUUUCCUUACACAAAAAUAAAAAGAAAAGAAAUGAUAUUUUCUUGAUAAAUUGAUUUAUAAUUAGUCAUAAAUGUAAUAACCUUUAUUAAUUGAUGUAAUUUUUACAGUUUGUUUCUCAUCUUUCUGUUAGUAUGUGAAAUUAAAGGUUUUUCUUUUUAAAUUGAGCAGGAUUUGUUUUAUCUUCUUAUUUAAUGAAACAAGAGAUGGUAACCUUGGUAACCUUUUGAUCAAAUUAUGUUAUGUUUCCCUGUCACAUAGUUGGCUAGAUUGUUUGAAGAUUAUCCAUGCAAUUGAUUUGAACACUCAUAAUAACAUCAAACAUAUUUUUUCUAUCAAGGGAGAUAAUUGCAAUGUUGUGUUCUUUUGUAAUUUAAUUGUCUUAUGGAUUUUUAGUUGAAACAAGAUAAAAAAGUGCAUUCCAAAAUCUAUUUAGAUAAAGCUAACUUGUAACAUUUUGAAUGAUGGUGGCAUGUAUUAAAAAACAUCUUUUUGUAAGGGAAAUAAAUUUGAUUCUACUAAAAAAUAAAAACUAUUUUUAUUUGGAUUUUAUGCCAGAAGAUUUAAUUGAAAAAGUACAAUUUAUCCUUUUUCCUUUUAUCAACUUUAAUGCAAAUAUCAAGAACAUCAAAAUGUACAAAUCUUCUGAUUUUUCAAUUAUUAAACACAAUGUUUAAAAAAUUCUCUUGCUUUCAACAAAUAUUUAAUAUGCAUUAUUUCUUCUUCAAACAAUUGUCAAGGAGAUAUUCAGUAUUCAAAUAUUGAAACAAAUGGUUUCCUUUUAACCUCAUGUUUCAAGUAGAAAAUAUACAAAAUUCAAUUAUUGGUUGAGGUAAAAUGUUUUACUGGCGGAGGCAAAGGUCAAGAAAAUGUCUGACAAUGUUGAGGAGGAGUUACCAUUCCUAGUUGUCUUUUACUCCAGAUAACACCAGAACAAACAGGUUCAUAAUUAGUCAUAUUCAAAAACUUUCAGAACUUAAUAUUGUAUUUGAUCAUCAGUUUCAUAUAAAUUAAGGUUGAAAUUUAUUAUUUGGUAGAUUUAUUUUAGAUUUUUUGUGGGAACUUCGUACAGAAAUAUAUAUCAGAAUAAAAUGUUUAAAGGGGUCACAUACUAUCAUUUGAAAUGUAUAUAAUCAAGAGAACAGAAUAUUUAUUAUCUUUUUUUAUACAUAGCUGAUGAGCAUAAUUUUCAACUUAAACAUACAUGGUAUGCAGAGGAGGCAUUUUAAAAAUUUAAAAUGGGAAAGCAACAAAAACGUUUCUUUUUUUCAAUCCAAAGGAUAAAUUAAGACAUAUUUCAAAAUACGUUUUCUGAGUACCAUGUAUGAUUUAUUGGAUAAACCUUCUAGAUGUACUGUUGUUUAGUAUUUAAGAAUAAGAUUUAUAUAGUGUUCUAUGUUUUUAGAAAUGUGAAUGCAUUGAUCUGUGAUAAAUUUUUGUACAUGUAUUUAAAAUAAUAUUGCAUGGGUUGCAAAUUUAGUACCUGAUAUUUUCCUGAUAUUGUUGCUUUAUUAAAUAUGAUCAUGAAUAUAUUUUAUGCAAAAUAUGAUCACCAAAAUUAAUAAAUCUGUGCCACUAUCACCUGGAUUUUUUUAACAUCACCAAAAUUAAUGGGUUUGUGAUAAUAUAUAAAUUGAAAUGGGGGCAAAAUCAGGUACUAAAAUAAAGUUAUUUUUAUAUAUUUCUUAUAUAUAUAAAUGUUGUUGAAAUAUAUUACCUAUGUCUUAUGCAUUGGUAAUAUGAUUAGUAUUAACAUAAUACUUUCUAUUUGUCUUUUUGAAUUCUUUAUAUGAUAUUGUCUUUUCACUUUAGCUAAUGUGUCCUGUUCAUUGUUGUAUCUUUGAAAGUGAAUUGUUAAAUUUUAAGGCCCUCGCUGAUUUAAUUUUAAGUUCUUUGGAUUUUUGGAUGCAAAUGAAGAGGUGCAACUGAGCAAAAUUGAUUUUUCUGAUACAAAAAGAGAUUGGAGUACUCGAUAUUUUAAUGUUGUUUUUUUUUAUACAAAAUAAUUCUUUAUGGAAGUAGUGGCAAAAUAUAAGAUGCUCUAUUUAUAUUUUAAGAGAAAAAACUCAAUUUUAUCAUGAUUAUAGAAAUGUUUUGAAAUGUUUUCAACUUUUAUUACAUCAAUAAAAUUGCCAUUUUAGAAUCUAAUGAAUUUUGGGUAAUAUUUUCUAAAGACAUACACCAAAAUGUUGUGAUUGGUUUUUAAAUAUCCUUAAUACUUGGAAUUCAACUUAUGAUGUGAUGCUUUUUUCCAUUUUGGGGUUCAAACAAAGAAAUUAUCCAUAGACCUUUGAAAAGUUAAUAAGUCAUGUUAAAGUGUAAAAUUUAGGCAUUUUUCAGCAGGAUACCAUGAAAAUUUUUAUUCUAUAAAUAUUAUUUGCUUAAAGUUGAUGCAAGUGAAUCCAAAGAAAUCAAAAUCAAUUUAAUUUGGCCAGACAAAAAUGAUUGUCUCUUUAUUGUUGCCCCCAAUGUGUCCCAUACUUGCCUAGAUAAAGUUUUGUUAAACACUUUCAGCCAGUCUGUUUGUAUAGGAGGAUAUUACUUUAUUACUUACUAACAGUUUAAUGUUGACCAUUAUAAAGUAUAACAAAAAUACCAAACUCCAAAGGAAAUUCAAAAAGGGGAAGUCCAUAAAAACUGGCAAAAUCAAAUGCUAUCAAUCAACAGAACAAGUGAAAAACAACUGCCAUAUUCCUGACUUGGUACAGACAUUUUCCAAAGAAAAAGGUUGGAUAAAUAUGGUUUUAUAGCUAGCUAAAUCUCCCACUUGUAUGGCAGUUGUUUAUAGUCUCGUUUUAACUUUGAUAUAUAAUAAUUUAGAAGGAGAAUAUUUUAUAUUUCUGUCACAUAUUUAUAUGCAACUAUGAAAAUAUUGUUAUAACUUUAUAAUUUAUUAACAUUAACUUUUGUGACUUAGCUAUGUUUAUUUUUAUGUUUUGGUCUUAAACACCAUAGCAUAAAAUAUAUCUGAAAAUUAUGAACUUAAUAUAAUAUUUAAGUGACCAAACAUAUUUGUAAUUUGUAUAAUAUUUGUGUAUACUUUCUUAAGAAGGGGUAUGCUGAUAUUAAUUUUUGGUAGGAUAUACCCAGAUAGGGAAAAACCUGUUGGUGAUAUUUGUUGUCAUACAUGUAGUAAAGUCUUCCUAAUUCUUUUUGUAAUUUAUGCAUUAAUCAACCUGUAUUUUUGUUGUAUUUUCAGUCAAUUGAUGACUGUUUUUAUCUAAAGCUUGACUGCUCAUAGUUGAUUUAUGCAAAAGUUGUCUUCCUUCAAAAGAUCUUAAAAUUUCAGUUUUGAAAAAUUUACUAUCCAUUUUAGAUAAAUAAAUUAAUUUACUUCUUGUACUACUUUGAAUAUAUGUACUUUUAUAAUUGCCCUGACACGUCCAUGAUUCAUUUCUAUUCUGAUAUCUCUCUUAUGGUUGUGACCUGUUAUAUAUCUCCUGCAUAGAAGAGAUAUUUCUUGUAUAUCACACAGGUGAUAACACAAAUGUGUUAAUUUGACUGGCCUUUCCUCCAAUAUAAUAUCAAAUUGCAACAUUUCCAUUGGAUAUCAAUAAGUUUGAUGGUGACUAGCAAAUUUCGUUUUAAACUACAUCUACUUUAUCUCACCAUUUUAAUCUAAAUAAUAAUUUGUUGAUGAUCAUGGUCCAGAAGAUAAAGUCAGAAGACUGCGUGUUCUUAUGCAACAUGUUAUUAAAUUAAGACUUUUAUUAAUUAGUCUGCGUCUUAUCUGAUGAGGUAUAACGGCAAAAUGAGCAACAUAGAGGGUAUUUUUACCACAAGAGAAAAGUUUAACAUGUCAUAUGAUUCUCACUCAUUAUGAAACCUUUUAAAUAAGUAAUGUAAAAGUGCAAUUUUGUAUAAAAAAUUGACGAAAUAUUUGGUACUAGAUUGCAUAAUUGCUGUGCGUAAUAAUUAUAUUUAACCUGUAAAUACAUGUUCAAUGAUGUAGUAGUAGUUUUAAAAGGAUCUGGAUAUUGUGAAAGCUACUUAAGCAAAGCAAUGUAGACUUUUUUUGUCUAGUCAAUAACUGUAUAUCCUGUUGAACAUGUAAGUUCACAAGAACUAGUAAAAACUUGUAUGUAAGGAUCACCCAUGGAAAGAGAAAUACAAAAUGUAUGUGAUUUUAAUAAUUUAAUGAGCUGGCAUACUUGUGGAUCAUCAGUAGUUGGUACCGCCGCUGCUGCUGCUGGACUAUCAGUCUCUGAGGGUAUCAGCCACCCAGAAGCUAGUGCUUUGGUAUUGACAUUAUUCAAAUGAUACAUCUUGUGUGUAAAUUUCUACGUCAUAAAGUUAUAUAAUUGUGCUAAGGCUUAGAUUGCAAACUUCCUCAAGCAGUAUUGACAUUUUGGCUCUUUUGUAUAGGUCAUUUUAGGGUUUGUUUUUUUGGACGAAAAAGAAUUAAAAAAAACAUAAUGUAAUAUAAACUUUAUUUAAUACUACUGAAAUUUCUUCGAUGCCAAGAAAAAUGUAAUAAAUACAGUGGAACCUGCCAGAACGAGCACAUACAUCAGGUACCAGCUCAGGCUUGUAGUCUUUAUAAAAAAAAUCCCUUCUCAUAAAAAUAUCUUAUUAUCACAGCUUAUAAAAUCAACAACUUUAUAAAGGGCACAUAAUUGUGCUCCCUUUGUAAUUCUAUACAGGUUUGACCAUAUAAUUAAGAACACUUUUGUCAAUAUUGGACUUCCUUUAUCAGUUAAGCCAUGUUAAAACAUACUAUUACCAGCAGUGUAUAUAAUGUAUCACACACUGCAUAUGGUAAAUCUAUCCCUUUGAAUAGGUUUAGUGAUAAGACACAAUUAAACAAUAUAUUUUGCAUGCAAAUAAAAAACUUUUAGAAUAUAAAAUAUUGGUUAGUCAAGAAUCAUUGAUGUGCUAAUGUUCAUAAAACAUAGUCUUUUUAACAUUUUGUAUUUCAUAAUUGUCCUUUUUUCAUUCAUAUUUGUAAUGUCAUAUACCUGUUGAUCAUUAAAAGUUAUAAUUUAUACAAAA